CUCAUUGAGACCGCUAAACAUAAAAGAGAAAACGAACUAAUAGCCAGGAGAGAGAAACUGAUUUUGGAAAUAGAAAAGGAAUCGCGCCGCAUGGAAGAAUUUACAGAAUUUGCAGAGCUGGAACGCAUGCACCAGUAUGUGGCAGAUGUAAGACAACUGCAAAAACGUAUUCAGGAGUCUGAGGAAGCAGUUCAGUUUAUUAAUAAAGAAGAGGAACUUUUCAAGUGGGAAUUGACAAAAUAUCCUGAACUGGAUAAAUUGAAAGUUAACAUUGAGCCCUAUCAAAAGUUUUUUAAUUUUGUUUUGAAGUGGCAACGAACAGAAAAACGGUGGAUGGAUGGAGGUUUUUUAGACCUCAAUGGGGAAAGUAUGGAAGCUGAUGUAGAUGAGUUUUCCCGAGAAAUUUUUAAGACACUGAAAUUUUUCCAAACAAAACAAAAGAAAGAAUUACAAGAAAAAAGAAAGACAGCAAAGAGACGAUCUCUGGUAGAAGAGAAGCCGGAAGAAGAGUCAAAGGAGAGUCCUGCUAUUACUAUGUGCUCUGCAGUAAUGGGGCAGAUAAAAACCUUUAAG